AUGGCUUAUAAACCAAAGUGUCUAAAGUUGCCAUCUAAUACCAAGGAUUUAACUUUAAACGCCGAUGGAAUGUACACUCUCAAGUGUGACGUUUUCGACAACUUAAAUCAUUUGGAUUUCUUGGAACUCAACCUCUUUGCGGGCUUUGACACGUGUGAGGAAUAUUUCCAGGCACAGCGUUUUUCAUUACGGAAACUAGUGCUAGGACUCAAUACAAUUGCAGAACUUCCAGCUAAUCUGUUUAUGAACCUACAAAGCUUAGCAUAUCUGGUGCUAUAUGAUAAUACUCUGACACGCUUGCAGGAUGAAAUACAGUUCAGGAAUUAUUUCAACGACCAGUCAAACAGAAGAUUACAUCAGAGCAAGACAUAUCGACCCAAAAAAGGAGUUUAUUCUAAGUUCAACGGAUUAUCUAAUUUGGAAGAGUUGGAUCUUUCUUAUAAUAUGAUAAAAGACACUAAGAACAACAUAUUUGAAGGGAUGAAAAAUCUCCGUGUUCUAGGACUGUCAAGUUCUGGUGGUACUGGACUAUGUGGAAAAAAUUUAGACGACAGCUGGCUAAGAACAGAUUUGGCAAAGCUCGAAGACUUAAGGAUGAAUGAAUGUAACAUAGAUUUUAUAUCAAGAACAUUUUAUUUUCCGAAAAAUCUUAAAAGAUUAUAUUUAAGUCAAAAUCUAUUGACGUUUUUCGAGGCAUACACACUAAGACAUUUGAACAUGACAUAUUUAGAUUUGUCUUCCAACCGUUUACCUGGUCUAUCAGGUGAAAUGUGGGAAGAGCUGAAGAGAUUAAAAUUGGUUAAUCCUAAUUUUCUAGUAGAUUUGUCUGAUAAUAAGUUUCAAUUUAGCUGCACGUACGUUCAAAGUCUACAUUUAUUGGUGACCAACACACAAUUGUUUGAGAACGAAGACGAAAUGACGUUCAUAAAGGAAGACAAUACGUAUUUAAACUACAAGGAAAUGGUUGCACAACUUCCAAGACUAACAAAAAACUGUCAGAUAAAAGAAAUCUUCAGCUAUGUGCUGUCAGUGUUUUUCACCCAUCUCCUGUGUUUGAUUGUUCUGGCCGUGUUUUUCUAUUACCGCUGGAAGCUGAGGUACCUCUACUUUAUUGGUCAACGGCGGCUGCACAUCGGUGGACGUUUUGCCAACUACAACCCACAGGUUGAUAUCUUCAUCACUUAUGAUGAGGGUGAGCCUAGAAUCCGACAGAUUGUAAGAAAUAUUAUCCUACCAUUCUUGCGAGAGAAGAACAUCUCUUACAUUUUAGGAGAAGUGGACUUUCCAGGUGGGGACAUGGUGUCACACAUCAGUGGAGCUAUAACUGGCUCAAGAAAAACGCUGGUCUUGUUGUCUGAAGAUAUUUUCUUGGAUCACUACCGAGAGUAUGAGAUGAACCUGGCCAUCAUGCGAGAGUUCAAUGUACGAGGUCAGGUUAUCGUUCCUGUCUUUGUUGAGAGGGUCGACUUGAAUACAUACCCACCUGAAGUAGAAACUUAUUUAAGGAAUCAGCUGUACAGGUGUCUGGUCUACAGAAAUAACCAAACUUUCUGGACACUUCUACUACAUGCUAUUAGAAAUGAUAAGUAG